AUGAUUUGGUUUAUAGUUGUGUGUGUCAGUGCUUUCAUUUUAGGAACAAAUAGUGCAAAAGCACCAUUUGUGAAACCUUGUAAGGCAAGCGACGACGACUGCCUGAUAGAAUCAGGGAGAGCCACGUUGUCCCGCCUAGCUGCUGGAAUCCCUUCUCUUGGGGUACCUUCAGCAGAUCCUCUCAUCAUUGGUGACAUUAGAGGAGACAGUGGCGACCUGAAACUGGCAUUUAGGAACAUGAAGGUGGAAGGGAUCAGUAAAUGUCAAAUGAUUAAUUUGGAGGCAAGCGGAGUAAAUGCCUACCGCACAGUUCUUGAAUGUCCUAUCGCCGCCACCGGCCAGUACACUUUGGGCGGGAAACUGGCUGUGAUUCCAGCUGAAGGAGACGGUGAUUUUGAAAUAAAAACAGAUAACAUCAAAAUCACUGUAGAAUACAUUACUACUGACGUCACUGAUGAAGAAGGAGUGAAACAUUGGAAAAUAGCCAGCUACCAAUCCUCGUACGAACCUAUAGAGAAGGUCCAUAUAAAACUGGAUAACUUGUUCAAUGGGAAUAAGGAGAAAGCCGAUCCGGUCCUGGAAAUCCUAGACCAAGGCUGGAAGGAUCUCAUCACGGAGAUCGGGAAGCCCAUCAUCCAAAAGAUCAUUGACAGAGGAGUCACAAUCGUCGACAAAUUCUUCGAGGCCGUUCCAUCUGAAGAAUUGACAAUCAAUGCGUAA